GUAGAGACAAGUUCGUCAGUUAGCAAUUUAGUAUGAAUGAAAGAAUAGCUCCCGGUCUCUAACUCUAGCGACUGAGUUAUUCACAAUGAAAGAUAUACACUUAGUGGUCAUUUUAUAUGUGGCUACAUUGAGCGUUGCGUUCAGCAUAUCAUCAGUGACUGAUUUUCCGAUAGAAUGUCCGACAGAUGAUGACUCACAGGAUAAAAUUAUUUACAUACCCCAUGAAAAUGACUGUACAAAAUUCUAUAGUUGCUAUAUGGGAACAAAGGGAAAACCACAAGAUUGCCCUUUCAUGGAUAACAAGGGUAACAGAUUGCACUUUAAUCCCGUACUUCAGGUAUGCGAUUGGCCCUGGAGUGCAGGAUGUAGAACAACAUCAACUUCGACGACGUCAACAAGUUCCUUAACACCAUCGACUUCGCCGUCAAGUUCUCCGACAAUAACUUCAUCAUCAAGUUUUUCGACAUCGUCGACGUCAUCAUCUAAUCCUCCGACGACGUCGACUUUACCAUCAAGUUCUUCGACUUUGCCGACUUUGUCAUCAAGUUCUUCGAUUUCGCCGACUUCAUCGUCCACUUCUCGAACAACGAUGACUUCAUCGUCCAGUACUUCGACGACGCCAACAUUACUCCCAAAUUCUUCGACAUCGUCUAGUUCUCCGACAAUGACUUCAUUAUCAAGUUCUCCGCCGACAUCGUCGUCUAGUCCUCUGACGACGCCAACCUUACCACCAAGUUCUUCGACUUCGCCAUCGAGUUCUUCGAUCUCGCCGACUUCAUCGUCCACUUCUCGAACAACGGUGAUUUCAUCGUCCAGUACUUCGACGACGCCGACAGUACCUCCAAAUUCUUCGACAUCAUCCAGUUCUCCGACAAUGACGACUUCAUCAUCAAGUUCUUCGCCGACAUCGUCGUCUAGUCCUCUGACGACGCCAACCUUACCACCAAGUUCUUCGACUUCGCCAUCAAGUUCUUCGAUCUCGCCGACUUCAUCAUCCACUUCUCGAACAACAGUGAUUUCAUCGUCCAGUACUUCGACGACGCCGACAUUACCUCCAAAUUCUUCGACAUCAUCCAGUUCUUCGACAAUGACGACUCCAUCAUCAAGUUCUCCGCCGACAUCGUCGUCUAGUUCUCUGACAACGCCAACCUUGCCACCAAGUUCUUCGACUUCGCCAUCAAGUUCUUCGAUCUCGCCGACUUCAUCAUCCACUUCUCGAACAACAGUGAUUUCAUCGUCCAGUACUUCGACGACGCCGACAUUACCUCCAAAUUCUUCGACAUCAUCCAGUUCUUCGACAAUGACGACUCCAUCAUCAAGUUCUCCGCCGACAUCGUCGUCUAGUUCUCUGACAACGCCAACCUUGCCACCAAGUUCUUCGACUUCGCCAUCAAGUUCUUCGAUCUCGCCGACUUCAUCGUCCACUUCUCGAACAACGGUGAUUUCAUCGUCCAGUACUUCGACGACGCCGACAGUACCUCCAAAUUCUUCGACAUCAUCCAGUUCUCCGACAAUGACGACUUCAUCAUCAAGUUCUUCGCCGACAUCGUCGUCUAGUCCUCUGACGACGCCAACCUUACCACCAAGUUCUUCGACUUCGCCAUCAAGUUCUUCGAUCUCGCCGACUUCAUCAUCCACUUCUCGAACAACAGUGAUUUCAUCGUCCAGUACUUCGACGACGCCGACAUUACCUCCAAAUUCUUCGACAUCAUCCAGUUCUUCGACAAUGACGACUCCAUCAUCAAGUUCUCCGCCGACAUCGUCGUCUAGUUCUCUGACAACGCCAACCUUGCCACCAAGUUCUUCGAAUUCGCCAUCAAGUUCUUCGAUCUCGCCGACUUCAUCAUCCACUUCUCGAACAACAGUAAUUUCAUCGUCCAGUACUUCGACGACGCCGACAUUACCUCCAAAUUCUUCGACAUCAUCCAGUUCUCCGACAAUGACAACUUCAUCAUCAAGUUCUCCGCCGACAUCGUCGUCUAGUCCUCUGACGACGCGAACCUUACCACCAAGUUCUUCGACUUCGCCAUCAAGUUCUUCGAUUUCGCCGACUUUAUCGUCCACUUCUCCAACCACGAUGACUUCAUCGUCCAGUUCUCCGACGACGCCGAUAUCGUCGUCCAGCCCUUCGACGACGUUGACAUCGUCAUCCGCUUCUCCGAUGACGACUUUAUCAUCAAGUUCGUUGUCAACAAUGAUUAUAACAACAGCUUCAACAAUGAUAACAACAGCAAUCUCGACAACAACUACACAAGCCUCCGAAAAACCUCGGACAAAAUGUCCUCCUAAAGAAUCAACCGAAAUAGCGUUGAUUGCUCAUCCAUGUCUAUGCAACGUAUAUUAUAAAUGCGAGAAGGGUGUUAAAAUAAGUCAAACAUGCCCGGACGAGAUGCAUUUCGAUUAUGUGCGAGAGAUUUGCGAUUUUCCAGAAAAAGUGAACUGUGUCCGACCUAUUAGAACUGUAGAUAUUCUAAUGGGCAGCUGUAAUAAAUGUGGCCCGGAGGGCAGAGCAUUUCAGCAUGAAAGUGAUUGUUCUUCGUACUAUCUAUGUUCUAAUGGUACGAAAAUUUUGAAACACUGUAUGGCAGGACUUUAUUUCAACGUUACCCUCCAGAUGUGCGAUUAUCCGACAAAAACAGAUUGCGACUUAAUUCCUAAAUUCCUCACGACUGCUAAGUUUCUUACUGCUCAUUCCGUCAAUCUAGGGGAUUGUCCUCCUGCGGGUUCCACAGAAAAAGUAUUGUUGCCUCACGAAUGUAAAUGCGAUCAGUAUUAUGAAUGCGUUAAUGAAAGAAAAGCACUUCGAUAUUGUGAAGAUGGUUUACAUUUUGAUAAUGAUCGGAACACUUGCAGCCAUCCGAAUGAUGCUAAAUGCCCAUAUGUUUGCCCUUGUACCACAGAAAAAAUACUAUUGCCCCACGAAUAUAAUUGUGAACAAUAUUACGAAUGCGUUAAUAGAGAACAAGUACUUCAAACUUGUCCAGAUAAUCAACAUUUUGAUUAUAUUAACAAAACUUGCAAGCAUCCAGAUGAAGCCAUAUGUGCCACAUCUAAUUCGACAACGACGACAAAAACGACAACUGAAACAACAAUCACAAAUACGACAACCACAGAAAUAACAACAACCGAAACACCUAUUACAACAACACCUACAACAACUACAACAGAGAAUAUUCCUGAAAAACCGCGAAAAACAUGUCCUCCUGCAGGAUCGACUGAGAAAGCGCGGAUUGGUCAUCCCUGGGUUUGUAUCUGGUAUUACGAAUGCGUAAAUGGUAAACCAAAAUUUCAAACAUGUAACAUCUUCAAAUUAGAGGCAUUCGAUUAUAUACUAGAGGAGUGCGUUGUUUUUUGGAAAGCAAAGUGCAGGUGGCCAAUUUCAACGUAUGAUAUUUUAAUUGAUGAUUACAACAAUAAAUGCUCUCAGGAAGGCAGAGCAUUUUGGCACAAGACCGACAGCUCCUUGUAUUAUUUAUGCGUUAAUGGUAAAAAAAUUUUAAAACACUGUCCGGCAGGACUCCAUUUCAACGUUACUCUCCAGAUGUGUGACUAUCCGACAAAAACACAUGGCGACUUAACUUCUAAAUUCCUCACGACUGCUAAAUUCCUCACUGCUCAUUCCGUCAAUCUAAGAGAUUGUCCUCCUGCGGGUUCCACAGAAAAAAUAUUGUUGCCUCACGAAUGUAAAUGCGAUCAGUAUUAUGAAUGCGUUAAUGAAAGAAAAGUACUUCGAUAUUGUGAAGAUGGUUUACAUUUUGAUCACAAUAAGAACACUUGCAGCCAUCCGAAUGACGCCGAGUGCCCAAAUGUUUGCCUUUGUGUCACAGAAAAAACAUUGUUGCCUCAUGAAUGUAAUUGCGAACAGUAUUACGAAUGUGUUGAGGGAAAGCAAGCACUUCGAACUUGUCUAAAUAAUCAAUAUUUUGAUUAUAUUGACAAGACUUGCAAACAUUCAGAUGAAGCCAAUUGUGCCACAGUUAAUUCGACAACGACACCGACAACAACCACAGAAAUAACAACCACAGAAAUAACAACCACAGAGACAACAACCACAAAAACAACAACCACAGAAACGACAACUACAGAAACGACAACUACAGAAACGACGAUCACAGAAACGCCUAUUACAACAACAUCUACAACAACAGAAACGCCUAUUACAACAACUCCUACAACAACAGAAACGCCUAUUACAACAACACCUAUAACAACUACUACAGAGAAUAUUCCUGAAAAACCACGAAAAACAUGUCCCCCUCCAGGUUCGACUGAGAAAGCGCGGAUUGCUCAUCCCAUGGUUUGUAAUAAAUAUUACGAAUGCAUAAAUGGUGAAAAGGUAGAACAAAAAUGCAGCAAUGGCAUGGAAUUCGAUUAUAUACGAGAGGUUUGCGAUUGGUUUUGGAUAGUAAAAUGCAUCCGGCCAAUUCCAACGUAUGAUAUUUCCACUUUCACGUCUAUUAUUUCUACUAUAAAGUGGCCUGAAGAAACUUAUAAAAUAGCAACUAAUAAUCUUGAUCCAGCUACUUGCAUUGGUACCUGUCCUGAAGUGGACCCCCCAGUUGCAGUAUUACUUCCUAACGAAGAUUGCAAAAAGUUCUGCAUGUGCAGCAAUGGUAUUGCAUGGGUUCAAUCUUGUCCUGAACCUCUUUAUUUCGAUUCUAUAGAUAAAGUCUGCAAGUAUAAGAAAGACGCUGUUUGCGGGAAACGCUUAUUCAAUCAAGAUCACGUAUCUAUGCUUCAUAGUAUAGUUAAUGUUGAGAAUUCUAUGCAAUCUCUGAACAAUAAUAAUAAGGACAAACAAGAAAUAUAUGACAAUUCUUGGUCUACAGUACGCAUCUAUAAUCUCGAUCCGGUUACUUGCAUUGGUACCUGUCCUGAAGAGGAUCCUCCAUUUGCAGUAUUACUUCCUAACGAAGAUUGCAAGAAAUUCUGCAUGUGCAGCAAUGGUAUUGCAUGGGUUCAAUCUUGUCCUGAGCCUCUUUAUUUCGAUUCUAAAGACAAAAUCUGCAAAAAUAAGAGAGAUGCUGUUUGCGCAAAACGUUUAUUCUAUCAAGAUCACGCAUCUAUGCUUCAUAAAAAAAUCGAUGAUGAGAAUUCGAUGCAAUCUCUGAAUAAUAAGAAUAACGAUGAACAAGAAGUACGUGAGAAUUCCUGGUCUACAGUACGCAUCUACAACCUCGAUCCGGUUACUUGCAUUGGUACCUGUCCUGAAGAGGAUCCUCCAUUUGCAGUAUUACUUCCUAACGAAGAUUGCAAGAAAUUCUGCAUGUGCAGCAAUGGUAUUGCAUGGGUUCAAUCUUGUCCUGAGCCUCUUUAUUUCGAUUCUAAAGACAAAAUCUGCAAAAAUAAGAGAGAUGCUGUUUGCGCAAAACGUUUAUUCUAUCAAGAUCACGCAUCUAUGCUUCAUAAAAAAAUCGAUGAUGAGAAUUCGAUGCAAUCUCUGAAUAAUAAGAAUAACGAUGAACAAGAAGUACGUGAGAAUUCCUGGUCUACAGUACGCAUCUACAACCUCGAUCCUGUUACUUGCAUUGGUACCUGUCCUGAAGAGGAUCCUCCAUUUGCAGUAUUACUUCCUAACGAAGAUUGCAAGAAAUUCUGCAUGUGCAGCAAUGGUAUUGCAUGGGUUCAAUCUUGUCCUGAGCCUCUUUAUUUCGAUUCUAAAGAUAAAAUCUGCAAAAAUAAGAGAGAUGCUGUUUGCGCAAAACGUUUAUUCUAUCAAGAUCACGCAUCUAUGCUUCAUAAAAAAAUCGAUGAUGAGAAUUCGAUGCAAUCUCUGAAUAAUAAGAAUAACGAUGAACAAGAAGUACAUGAGAAUUCCUGGUCUACAGUACACAUCUACAACCUCGAUCCGGUUACUUGCAUUGGUACCUGUCCUGAAGAGGAUCCUCCAUUUGCAGUGUUACUUCCUAACGAAGAUUGCAAGAAGUUCUGCAUGUGCAGCAAUGGCAUUGCAUGGGUUCAAUCUUGUCCUGAACCUCUUUAUUUCGAUUCCAAAGAUAAAAUCUGCAAGAAUAAAAGAGACGCCGUUUGCGCCGUACGUCCAUUCAAUUAAAAUCACGUUUAUAUGAUUAAUAAAACGGCCGAGAAAAAUAUUUUGAUGAACCUUCUAAGUAAAAAGCUUUAAUAAACGAAGGACAUAGAUUUUGAUUUAAACUAAUUGAUUUCGGUCAAUUUCUUUAAGUACUUAAGAUUUUUAAAAUAUUCCAUUGCAUUUAGUUAUCCACAUUAUAAUGCGACUUAUAAUUCAACUUUUAAAUUUUAAUUUAAUUUUUUAAAUUUAGUUUAAAUAAAAUCUAAUAUACAUAGUACAUAUCACAUAUUUAUGAAAAGUAAUUAUUAUUUGCUGAUAGUUAUUUAUUUAUAGAAUAGUCAGCCUUUAUUUUCA